AAUCAGCACAUUAAUGGAAAAAAGAAGUGACUAUUUCAAAGAACGAAAUUGUCGCAAACCCAAACCCAAUCUCAAAAAAAUUGUCGCGAAGAUGGAACAAACGAUGUUACAAAACAUUGUGACUGUGCUUCUUCUCCUUAUGCUUCUUCUCAUCUUCAUUUUCCUUUUCUUUCUCUUCAAACCAUGGCGCUUCUUUUUCUCUUCUCGUUUUCGUUCUUUCAUCAAGGGUUCUGCUGAUGAAUUAGAGAGGCCAUUAGUUGAAGAUAAUCAGAAUAAUAUUAAUAAUAAUAAUAAUGGAUUAUUAUCUAGGGAUUAUGAUCUUGAAGGUGCUUGUUAUUAUCCUAAUGAAGUUAAUUUUCGUUCUCCAAGAACACAUGGACAAGCUCUUGUUCAUAAACCAAGGCUUCAUAAUGUUCCUGUUUCCAAUAAUUUUCAACAAGGUGGUGCUGGUGUUGUUGCUGAUAGUUUGGUUGUUGAUGUAAUCACUGAGGAUGUUGGUGAAGUUGUUAAGGUUGUUGAUCAUGCUCCUGUUUUAGCUCAAAUUCCAAAGAAUGAUUUUCGUAAUGAUACUAGAUUGCAGGAUUUUGUGGAGAAAGAUAUCAGCGAUCAAAGAAGUUUUCUUACUCUCGAGGUUAUCAGUGGUCCUUCUCGCGGACAACAAUGGUCUGUUCAGUCGACGGAGUCUUCUCGUUUACCGUUGACGUUGGGACGGAUUUUCCCUAGUGAUUUUUUGAUAAAGGAUAAUGAAGUGUCGGGGAAGCAUGCUUUGAUCAAGUGGAAUUUGGAUACGAUGAAAUGGGAGCUGGUGGAUAUGGGUAGCCUGAACGGAACACUGUUGAAUUCUAAGUCAAUCAAUCGUCUGGACACUGAACGUAGGCAUUGGGGAGAUCCGAUGAAUCUUGCUAAUGGAGAUGUUAUAACACUUGGAACAACAUCGAAAAUAAUUGUUCAUAUCACUUCACAAAAUCAUCAUCACAUCCCCUUUGGAGUUGGUAUGGCAUCAGAUCCCAUGUCUUUGCGUCGAGGAGGAAAAAAACUUCCUAUGGAGGAUGUUUGCUACUAUCAAUGGCCUCUACCUGGACUGGAUAAGUUUGGAAUUUUUGGCAUUUGUGACGGGCACAGUGGCGAUGCGGCUGCCAAAUUUGCUAGCAAACUUUUUCCCGAGAUAAUUUCUAGUAUCUUGUCGGAUUCAUCAAGAAGGGAGAGGGUUUUGUCACUUCGUGAUGCUUCUGAUAUUCUUCGAGAUGCAUUUUCUCAAACAGAGGCAGGCAUAAAUAACUCUUAUGAGGGAUGUACAGCAACAGUGCUUCUGGUGUGGGCUGACCGUGAUGAUAAUUUCUAUGCACAAUGUGCAAAUGUUGGAGAUUCUGAAUGCAUUAUGAGUGUUGACGGGCAACAAAUCAAGAUGACAGAAGAUCACAAGAUAUCAAGUCAUUCUGAAAGACUCAGAAUGGAAGGGACAGGUGAACCAUUGAAAGAUGGGGAAACACGGCUAUAUGGUAUAAAUCUUGCAAGGAUGCUUGGUGACAAAUUCCUAAAACAGCAGGAUUCCCGGUUCAGUUCAGAACCUUAUAUAAGUGAGGCUGUGCAUAUUCACCAAUCAAGCAAGGCUUUUGCUCUUCUGGCUAGUGAUGGGUUAUGGGAUGUCGUCAGUUCGAAGAAGGCGAUUCAGCUAGUGCUUCAGGCGAGGGAGCGGUACAAUACAGAUAGAGAGAAUACAGCAGAAAAGAUUGCUAGUUUGUUGUUGAGUGAGGCUAGAACAAACAAAACCAAGGAUAAUACCUCUAUAAUAUUCUUAGAUUUUGAUAGCUUUGAUAGAUUAUCUUGUAAAGUUGAAUCCUAGUAUGAGUUAGGAAUAGAGUUACAGAAAUGGUAGCAAUACAUCUUUUUUGGUUAGUGGAACUUGUUUCAUUUUCUGGUCCUUCUCAAGCUCACUUCAUGGAACCGAAAAAUAAAACAAAUAAAAAAAAACACAGUGCGAAUUGCUGAAUCGUUUACAAUGAAACUAUUCCGUUGAAGAUACAACGAAUGAUCGAUCAUCUUAAUGCUAUAUGGAUAAUUGAAAUUAUGCUGAAUCUUUAAAUUUGUACUGUAUCUGUUAAAACUUGAAUUAUUGUUCAUUUUAAUUUCAUCAGUGAGAGAA